AUGCGUGCUUGUGCUAUCCCCCGCAACGGCCUGCGCGCCGCUACGCGCGCCGCUUCGCGCCAGACCCCCGCCCGCUCCAUGAGCGUUCUUGCCGCUCGUGCCCCGCGCCCGGCUACUGCCCGCACCGCCGCUGUGCCCGCCAUGGUCCGCGGCUACAAGACGCUUGACUUUGCCGGCACCCCCGAGAAGGUGUACGAGCGUGCUGACUGGCCCCUCGAGAAGCUCCAGGACUACUUCAAGAACGACACCUUCGCUCUGCUCGGCUACGGUUCGCAGGGUCACGGUCAGGGUCUCAACCUCCGUGACAACGGCCUGAACGUCAUCAUCGGUGUCCGCAAGGACGGCGAGUCCUGGCGCCAGGCGCAAGAGGACGGUUGGGUCCCGGGAAAGAACCUCUUCAGCGUUGAGGAGGCUGCUACCAAGGGUACCAUCCUCAUGAACCUCCUCUCGGACGCGGCCCAGACCUCGACCUGGUCCGAGCUGCAGAAGUUCGUCACCAAGGGCAAGACUCUCUACUUCUCGCACGGUUUCUCGAUCGUGUACAAGGACCAGACCGGCGUCGUCCCCCCUAAGGACGUCGACGUGAUCCUCUGUGCCCCUAAGGGUUCGGGCCGCACCGUCCGCACCCUCUUCAAGGAGGGCCGUGGUAUCAACUCCUCCGUCGCCGUCUUCCAGGACGUGACCGGCAAGGCCCUCGAGAAGGCCGUUGCCAUGGGCAUUGCCGUCGGCUCGGGCUACGUCUAUGAGACCACCUUUGAGAAGGAGGUGUACUCGGACCUGUACGGUGAGCGUGGCUGCCUCAUGGGCGGUAUCCAGGGUAUGUUCAAGGCCCAGUACGACGUGCUCCGUGCCAACGGCCACUCGCCGUCGGAGGCUUUCAACGAGACCUGCGAGGAGGCCCUUGAGUCGCUCUACCCGCUUGUUGCCCAGAACGGUAUGGACUACAUGUACAAGGCCUGCUCGACCACCGCCCGCCGCGGUGCCCUGGACUGGGCCCCCGAGUUCGAGAAGGCCUGCAAGCCCGUGUUUGAGCGCCUUUACCAGUCGGUUCGCGACGGUAGCGAGACUCGCCGCACCCUCGAGUUCGCUUCGCGCCCUACCUACCGCAAGGACUUUGACAAGGAGACGGACGCCAUCGCCGACCAGGAAAUGUGGCGCGUCGGCCACGUUGUCCGUAGCCUGCGCCCCAACCGCAAGUAA